CUACUAUAUCCCGAACCCGAUCCGACUCACGGCCAUGUCGUGGGUCGGCUCCAGGAAGCGAGUGCGAGCGAGAGCGCGAGCACGAGCACGCGACUGAGAUAGCAGGAGCUCAACAGCAGUGGCAGCGCAGCUUCUGCGGUUUUCGGAACCGCGCUUCUAUAGUCUGAUACAAGCAGAAAACAAACGCUGCUAAUGGGCGGAGACAUGACUUUUUAGACAGGAGACAAGAACGACAGCGGCACGCCGGACUCACCGUCUAAUUGGUGACAGCCCUGCUUUAUAAAUGUUAAACUAGAGAAGGUUGUAGAGGAAAGAGCAAAAUUUGAAGAAGAAAAGGAGAAAGGAACAUUAUGGGUUCUGUUUCUCUAGAAAAGCCUGCCACCAUCGAUGAGCUGAUACAAGCCUGCAUUGAUGCCUUUGAUGAUACAGGGACUCUCAAAGACAAGAUUCUUGUUCGCAUGUUCUUGAUGAUGCAUCCCUGGUACAUUCCAUCCACAGAGCUGGCAAAGAAAUUACUAAUAAAGUUUCAAGAAAAUGAAGAAGUACCUGGGCUUCGAGCAAGGAUAUGUAGCCUUGUUGGAUAUUGGAUUGCUGAGUUUCCUGCCGAGUUUGACUUGAAUCCUGAACUUGCAGACCAGAUCAAAGAGCUGAAGGAUCUUAUAAACCAGAAAGGCAAUGUCCGCCAAAGCUGUCUCAUUGACAUAGAGAAUGUGCCUUCCUAUGGUUGGAAACGUCAGGUGACACAACGUCAACCUUCUGUUACCAAAAAACGUAAAAUGUCUCUUCUUUUUGAUCAUCUGGAUUCUUCUGAGCUGGCUGAACAUCUUACAUACUUAGAAUACAAGUCAUUUUGCAAGAUUUUGUUUCAAGAUUACCACAGUUUUGUGAUGCAUGGCUGCACAGUGGAUAAUCCCAUUUUAGAGCGAUUCAUCACCCUUUUUAACAGCGUUUCCCAGUGGAUCCAACUGAUGGUCCUUGGUAAACACACUGCUGUGCAUCGGGCUGCUGUUAUCAAGCAGUUUAUUCAGGUUGCCCAGAAACUGCUACAGCUUCAGAACUUCAAUACUUUAAUGGCAGUUGUGGGAGGGCUUAGUCAUAGCUCCAUUUCAAGACUCAAAGAGACUCACAGCCAUAUCAGCCCAGAUAUCACAAAGACAUUUGAUAGCCUCACAGAACUUGUAACAUCAUGUGGUAACUACAGUCAGUACCGGAAGAGGUUUGCAGAGUGUGAGGGUUUUCGCUUCCCUAUCCUGGGUGUGCACCUUAAGGAUCUUAUUGCUGUACAUGUGGCCCUGCCUGACUGGGUCGAUAAAGAGAAAACAAAAGUGAAUUUGGUCAAGACCCAACAGCUUUACACAAUUCUUAAUGAGCUGGUGCAGGUGCAGGCCACUCCACCACCUAUUGAUGCUAACACUGACCUCAUCAAUCUGCUUACGGUAUCCCUGGAUCAGUAUCACACUGAAGAUGAGAUCUAUCAACUGUCUCUGCAGAGGGAACCUCGAAGUUCCAGACCUUCUUUAACUCCAUCCACUCCUGGUGCAACCCCUAAGCCGUCUGUGAUAGAUGAAUGGGCCUCAGCAGUGAAGCCUAAACCCGACCAAGCAAUUGUUAACAAGCACAUUGAAAAAAUGGUUGAGUCUGUCUUUAAGAAUUUUGACACAGACGGUGAUGGCUACAUUUCCCAGGAGGAGUUCGAGAUCAUUCAGAGCAACUUCCCUUACCUCAGUAAAUUUGGGGAACUGGACCAGAACCAGGACGGUCGAAUCAGUCGAGAGGAAAUGAUAGCCUACUUCUUGAAAGCAAGCACCUUACUAAACUGCAAAAUGGGCUUCAUUCAUACAUUUUGUGAAACUACCUACUUAAAACCUACCUUUUGUGAGCACUGCACUGGUUUUAUCUGGGGUGUAUACAAGCAGGGGUACAAAUGCAAAGCAUGUGGGGUAAAUUGCCACAAAGCUUGUAAGAGUCAGCUAUCAGUGGAAUGCCGAAAAAGGACCAAAAGCAUCAGUGUUGACACACCAUCAUCCUUUCCUUCCAGAUCUCUCAGUUUUCCACCCCCGGGAACAUCCAAGGUCUCUGUACAAAACACAGUUAUCACAGAAGAAGAUAUUGAAAGUGUUGAAGAUGGAGUUUUUGAUGUCCAUCUAUGAAAAGAUAUGAUUUUGAAGGGAUAUUGUUUUAAGUGUGCAUAAAGACUGUAAUUGGAUUACUCAGACAAGAAGAAAGCGGUUCAGAUGAAAAAAUAAAUUUUUCCUAGAAGAGAAGCAUGGAUGAAAAUACAUAUAAAAUUCAAACUCAAAAAAGAUGAAGGUAGCAAGUAUACAUACACUGCCACUAUGUGGAGACUUGGGAGUACUUCAUUUUUAACAUCAUAAAAUUCCUUACGCCUGUUCCUUUUAUUGGGUUUGACUGUGUUAUAAGGAGAUGGAUAUUUUAAUUUUGUCAUUUGUAGUAGGCGUGAAGCACACAUAUUGAAAGUCAGAAUCCCAGUGCCACUGCCUUCCAGAAGCAAAGCAUUCAGCUUUUCUGGUGUAAGUCAGCUUUAUGAUUAACAUGUCUUUUUGUUGAAAUAGUAUUGCAAUUUUAUUUAUUUUUUUGUGCCAACUGGGUCAUUUUUUCCCUUAACUUGAAUAUAAAAUCUUAAGGAAUAUAUUGAUUUUUUUAACAAAGUACAGUAUUUGUUUUUUUAAAUUAAGAUCCCUUUAAUGACAGCAAAUUGCUUUUAUCUGGCACCAUUUUACUUCUUCAAGUAUUUGUGUGCACUUCACAUCCUGUCGGUUUUUUAUUUUCACAGUUUGUGUAGCAUGCUAGAUAAUGAGAGGAUAUGAACACACUUAAAUUUAAUGUUCACUAAAUAUAUAGUGAAGGCUAAGUUUAAAAUAGAUAUAAAUCAUCAAGAUGGUGUUUUAAUAAUGAACUUACAAACUAUUGUGUACAGCGUAUUUCUUUGUUUCUUUUCUUUGUUGAUUUGCACACAUUUAAUUUGUGGACAAUCUGCCAAGGAGUUGAUGGACUCCCUUGUGUGUAUAAGUCAUUCAAUUGUGAAAAACAUCUUGGUUAAUAUUACCACUAAUGAUAAACUAAUUAUUUCACUUUGUGAAAACACUUAACUCUAAUUUAAAAGUGUAUUUUAGUAUAUUUAGUUUGAUUUGGCUAAUAACAGAAUGUUGAAAAAAGAAAGCAAAAAAGCUUAAUUUUGUACAUUUUUGCAUUCUCUACAGUAAUGUAUGAAGUUCCAUGAUGGAUUCUGUUUAGCUUUUAGUCUUCUUACCAGCAGAUGGUAGUCUCCUCAUGCCAAAGCCUCUCUUCUUGUAUAUCUUACUUAUCUGCAUGCACUAUAUUUUGUAAAUAUCUUUACUGUGACUUUCAUUUUCACAAUGUGUGUCUGUUAAAGCUGGGAUCAUGUAUAAUACAGUAACAUGCAUUGUGACAAAUUAAAAUCCUCUGUAGAUACUUUUAAACAUUUACCAUAUCUGGACCUUCAUAUCACCGUUAACCGAUUUUCAAUCUAUAAAACCUUAAUUUGCAGAGUGUCUUUCCAACCUGUGGAUUCAUUAGUAGCAACAUAAACAAACCUAUUAGUUAUUGUCAUCCAUUAACUUAUUUUAGCUUUUUGGAAGUCUGCAGUCAGACAUUAAGUAUUGUUGUAAAGUUUUAUUGAUUAUGAUUUUUUUUCUAAAAUGUUAGAAAAGCACAUAAUUUUGAUAGACCCUCUCUUCAGGAAGUGUUUUUUUUAAGUAAUAUUUUAAGUAAAUCAUAUGUUUAAAUACAUGAUCACUAUUAGAUUCUCCACUGAGCUGAUUAAAAAUUCAUUGGUAACCAUGGUAUGUCUACAAGAAAAAUGUCAAGAGGAACUUUCUAAAUCCAGUUUGGUAUCUUUCUAAUCCUGUUAGUUAAGCAAAGGGCUAGGCUGUACGUAUUCUCUUCAGCAUGGUAAGUCAGCAAAUGUUUAGGACUUCGGCCAACUUAUUUAUAUUGACUUUAUUCAAUCAAUUAAUUAAUGAAUUUUAUUUGUAAAAUUACUGUUCCUAUAGAAAGAAAUAACCUUGUAUCACAUGCUGUAUAAAUCUUUUAGCUGCCCUCUGUGAUUAUUCUCUGUAGAUACAGAUUAUGAAUACAUAGUCUUCCUGAAAUAGUUUAGAUAUCUUGGGCAGGUUGGUUCUAGUAUACAGUAAUUUCAGUUUCCUUUCAUUACUUGACAGACUUCUCUUCUUCAGUUUUUGUUUCAUGUGUACUGCUUCAGUCUCAAUGCCUAUUAUAUAUUCAGUGCACAUCUUAUUCAUCUAUAGAAUUAACUAUUCCCAAAAACCUAGAUGCUGUUUAAGCAAUCACAAUCAUGAUUUUUUUUUUAAAACCUUCAUAUACUAAUAUGUAUUUCAAAAUGGUGUUUGGAGAAAACAAUUGAAGUGGCUAUGAUUCUGUUACCUCGUUUUUUCUGGUAAAUGGUCAUCCUCUCUGUUGGUCUUUUCUGAGGGGUCAUACAGAUAUGAAUCAUUCUACCUGUAAAUUGUUGUUGUGACUAUUGUCAUUUUAUAUAGAUGCAACUUACCACAUAAUGUGAUAUUUAUAUUAAGUGUUUUUUUAUUUCUAUUUGGUGCCCUAAAUGUCAAGGUUAGGAUAUAUUUUAAGAUGAUGCGGAAUUACACAUAGCUAUUUUUAGUACUGUUUUUUUAGUACUGCUGUGUGCAUGUAUGCAGUAGUGUUUCAGUGUAUUCAAUUAUUUGUCAGGGUUAGGACAAUUUUCAUAUUGUUGCAACUAGUACAAGGCUAAGUGAUGCAUGAAUUUUGGUCAGAAUCUAAAUACUUAAAUACCAUUUGGUAACCAAUUGAUUAUGGUGACAACUUAGUUUGUAUUUUUACCAGUUCUUUAUUAAUGUGAGAGCAGAAUGGGACACAUUGUUUACCUUGUAUUUUAUUCUAAAGUAAAUAAUUUUGAAGACCUUCAUUUAUGUGCAGCAAUAUGCUUGUUAUUUGGAGGACAACAUUCUUACCGGAACUUUUGAGAAGGAUUCAAGAUAUGUGAGGGUCAGUUAGAUAAACUCUUCUUUACUUUUUAAAGUAAAUGUUUAAAUUGUGCCACAGUAAAA